CCACGCUGCUCCGCUGUUGUAUAUCCAAUAAAGAUCGCUUAACCGCACAUUGUUCGACAAGGGCAGAAAGAUGUCUGAGGACAAGAAGACCGUGGUUUUAGCUUACAGUGGAGGUCUUGAUACAUCUUGUAUCUUGCUUUGGCUCAAAGAACAGGGGUAUGAAGUGAUUGCUUUCAUGGCAGAUGUGGGACAAGAUGAAGAUUUCAAGGAAGCGAGGGAGAAGGCCACAAAACUAGGGGCAAAAAAGGUGUUUAUUGAAGAUUUGAGAGAAGAAUUUGUGAAAGAGUUCAUCUUUCCAGCUGUACAAGCAAAUGCAAUCUAUGAAGAUCGCUAUUUGAUGGGGACAGCUGUUGCCAGGCCUUGUAUCGCUCGCCGUCAAAUCCAGAUUGCUCUUAAGGAGGGUGCAGAAUAUGUAUCCCAUGGUGCUACAGGAAAGGGUAAUGAUCAAGUGCGUUUUGAGAUGACUUACUAUGCACUGUAUCCAGGGGUUAAGGUUAUUACCCCAUGGAGACUUCCAGAAUUUUACAACAGAUUCAAGGGAAGAAAGGACCUGUUUGACUAUGCAGAGCAAAAGGGCAUUCCAUUACCAGUCACCCCAAAGAAGCCCUGGAGUAUUGAUGCCAACCUUAUGCACAUAAGUUAUGAAUCUGGAAUUCUUGAAAACCCUAAGACCAUGGCUCCAGAUGAUCUUUACUGCUUUACAGCUGAUCCAAAAUCUGCUCCUGAUGAGCCAGAACAGCUUGAGCUCGAGUUUAAGAAAGGUGUGCCAGUUCGAGUUCAGAACUUGAAAGAUGGCACGGUGCAUGACAAACCAUUGGAUAUUUACCUUUAUCUCAACAAAAUGGGUGGUCGCCAUGGUGUUGGAAGAAUUGAUAUCGUGGAAAACAGAUUUGUUGGAAUGAAAUCCAGAGGAAUCUAUGAAUGCCCCGGUGGCACCAUAUUGCGAGCUGCACAUUUGGACAUUGAGACAUUCACAAUGGACAGGGAAUUGCGUAAAAUCAAGCAGAUGAUGGCCGGCAAGUUUUCAGAGCAGGUUUACUAUGGAUAUUGGUAUAGUCCUGAGGGGGAUUAUGUGCGCUUCUGUCUGGACAAGAGUCAAGACAACGUGGAGGGAAAAGUGACACUGGAUCUGUUCAAAGGAAAUGUCUACAUCAGAAGCCGCGAGUCUAAAGCAUCCCUCUACAACGAGGAAUUAGUCAGCAUGGAUACCAUUACUGGCUACAACCCACAAGACGCAGCUGGCUUUAUCAGAAUUAACGCUUUGAGGCUUCGUGAACACAGCCGACUCAGAAAAGCGCUGAACAAAGGUGAAGAAAAUGGCGCCUGACAUGCGGAAGGUGGCUCAUGGAGUAACGAAUAAGUCUCUGAAAUAUUGCGUGGAAAAGUAGCGAGCGAAGCUAACAUAUUAUAACACUGCGAGUAUUAUUUGUUUUUAGUAAACUAGAUUAAACUUCUGUUGAAAUGUUUCGUUAGAAUAAAAUUCUCGCUAUGCUAAAGGAA